AUGUCUGCCGAAGUGCCAGUUGCCGUCGUCGGCAUUGGCUGCAAGUUCCCUGGAGGGUCUGACAACAAGGAACUUUUCUAUGAGUUCUUGAAGAACAAAGGUGAUGGAAUGGUGGAACCUCCGUCAGAUCGCUGGAUUCAUUCAGAGUGGUUCGGCGGCAAAGACGAACCUGGAAAAUACCAUGCUACAAAAGCUGGUUUCAUUUCUGGUAUUGACCAAUUUGAUCACCUCGAAUUUGGUAUUUCUGCCAAGGAGGCUGCUCAUUUCGAUCCCGCCAUCCGUCUUACUCUAGAAGCUGCUCAUGCUGCUUUAAAAGAUUCUGGUAUCGAUUAUCGGGGUUCGAAGACAGGUGUUUUUUUUGGAAAUCUCUUAACUACUACAGAUGAGCUCGACGAUGAUCGUUAUGAAAUUAACAAUUACAACGGCGUUGGGCGUUGUGUAUCCAUUAGAGCAAAUCGCAUCUCUUUCACAUUCGAUUUGCGUGGUCCUUCCUUGACCGUUGACACUGCUUGUUCGGCUUCUGCUACCGCAAUGCAUCUUGCUCUGUGUUCCAUAAAACUUGGCGAGUGUGAUCAAGCUCUGGUGGUUGGCGCCAACACAAUCAUUAACCCGGAGCACACUGUGUCUUUCUCUAAGUUAGGAGUCUUAUCGCCGACUGGCUCGUCUAAAUCUUUUGAUGCAUCUGCAGAUGGCUACGCCAGAGCGGAGGGCAUUGCCGCCGUGCUCAUUAAGCGACUUGACUCUGCCGUUCGGGAUGGAGAUUCAGUUUACUCAGUCCUUACUGGGAGUGCUAUCAAUGCUAAUGGAAAGGGCAAGAGUUUGACGAUGCCAGAGGGUGCGAUGCAAGCAGAGACGAUCAAGGAGGCGUACAAGACAGCACAGCGAGACCCCGCUGAGGCAUUUUAUGUCGAGUUGCACGCAACUGGAACAAAGGUAGGUGAUCCAAUCGAAACCAAUGCUGCUGGGAAAGUGUUUUCCAAAGGCCGUGCAGAUGAUAGAAUUUUGAGGGUCGGGAGUGUCAAAAGUAACAUUGGUCACGCAGAAGGAUGCAGUUUCCUCGCUAGUCUAGUGAAGGUCUCCUUGAUGUUGCACCACAAGGAGAUCAUACCCAACAUCCGUUUCACCAAAGCUAAUCCCAAGAUCGAUUUUAAUACUUUGAAGAUGAAAGUACAGACUGAGCUUGAGAGUAUUACGCCGGAAUUGGCCGCCAAAGAUGGAAAAUGGGUCACUUCCAUUUCAUCAUAUGGAGUUGGGGGAUCGAAUGCCCACAUUGUUAUGGAGACUUUCGAGACUGCAAAUGACGUCUCUAAAACUGUAACAUCCUCUACUUCUAGCGAGAAGUCUCUCCACCUAUUCUCAAUCGGUUCGCUGACCGAACCAGCUCUCGCUCGUUGGAAAGACACUCUCAUCAGCUCUUUUGGCAAUGUUACUGAUGACAAGACCCUUCGUUCCCUCACCCGCUCCCUCGCUCGUCAAACCCGAGCUUACCCUGCACGUUCUUUUGCUGUUGCACCGACGCUCACUGACAACACCAAGUUCUCCAAGCCUGUGCUUACCAAUAGCAACUCCAGUCCAAAACUUUGUCUAGUUUUCUCUGGACAAGGUCCUCAGCACAUAUUCAUGGGUCGUCAACUAGCUGAGAGUUACCCGGCAUUCUUGGAAGCCAUUCAGCUAAACGAUAGUAUCCUUGUGCACAAAUACAAGCAGGAAUCGAUGCUAGAGCGUACUGGCCUCUUCAUUCCUGGUGUGGAAACCAAACUUGCUGCUAAUGGCGUGUGGCCCGUGCGAGAAGUCGUCCUGUCUCUCGUCUUCAUACAAAUUGCUCUCGUCGACUUGAUUAGGAGCCUGGGAAUUCAAUACGAGUUCGUCGUGGGCCACAGCAUUGGUGAAAUUGCCAUGGGUUACGCAUCUGGUCAUUAUGAUCGCGAGAUGGCAGUGGGUAUCGCAGUUGCUCGUUCAGCUGCUAUGACAAAGGCAGAAGGUAACGGGGCCAUGGUUGCCCUUGGCGUAGGCGUGCAGAAAGCAAAGAAUAUGAUGCGAAAGGUCCUUGCCAAGGCAAAUGCAGCCAGUGGUUUAUGGAUCGCCGGGAUCAACUCUCCUCAGGCCGUCACUGUUGCAGGUACUCAUGAGCUCAUCGAUGCCAUGGUCGAGCUCGCGAACGAUCCAGAGGCCAAGGUUUUCGCAGCUAAACUACGUGUUGGAUGUGCAUUCCAUACUCCUCUCAUGGAGCCCCAGGAAGAGCUAUUCAAGUCACUUAUGCAGGAGCCUCUUGGGAAAGGUACAAAGAAGCCUGUCGCUCGGGUUAUGUCCACAGCUGAUGGAAAGUGGUUGGAUCGCGACCUCGACAUCGAUUAUUGCUGGGAUAACAUUCGUCGCCCCGUUUUGUUCGGUACUGCCAUCAACAAGCUCAUCAACGAUGAAAGCUCAGAGGGGCUAUUGUUCCUUGAAAUUGCCCCUCAUCCAGUACUGAAGGCUUAUAUUGAGCAGUGCGGGGGUGAACCUAUCACCUUGAUUCGCCGUCCUAACCCUAAAGUUCCUGCACAGAACACUGGCGAACACUAUCAAUUCCUCGAGGGCAUCGGAAAUAUGCUCGUCUCUGGAUUUAAGAGAGUCGACUUCGAUAGACUGUAUGCAUCCUCUGAUGGUCAGACUGACUUUGUCAAGGCGGUUUUGCCAGAGUACCCUUACAACAAAUCUCAUUGUUGGGCGGAGUCUGCGUCCGACCAAUCCAGGCGUCUCCGAGAGAAACCACGACCUGUCGCUUCUGCUCAUUUCCGCCUCAAUGUUGACAGUCACCCUGAUCUGACAGGCCACGUCGUCUUCGAUGCAGUCCUUUUUCCCGCGUCUGGAUACGUUGAGAGCAUUCUUGAGAAUGGUGCCAUGGUUGCAUCCAAUAUCGCCAUCCACAAACCUCUCGUUCUGAAUGGCCACGAUAAUCUUCCUGCUCAUGCUGGUUGUGUCAUUGAUGGCGAUAAGUGGCAAUUCCGCGCUUCGACUAACAACGACUUCGUCAAUGGUGAUAUCGUCUUGGAUUCCGUCUAUGCCAGCGGUUCUUUCUCUCGUGUUAAUCCUGCUUUUGAUGGGAAUGUCCCUCGCAUGUUCGAUGUUCAAUCCAAGCUCGCUCGUUCUCAAGGAUCGGUUACUGGAGACGAAUUUUAUGAUGCUAUACCUUCUGCGUACCGAUACCAAGAUCACUUCAAAAACUAUCUCAAAGUUGUGCAUGAAAUCGCAGACGAGAGCAGUUGGGGUGGCAAAGCCUAUCUAACGCGACUCGAAGUACCAGAAGGGACACCAGAUGUCUUUGGUAAAGGAUAUGUCAUCCACCCUGGUAUUCUCGACAGUAUCACUCAAUGUGGUCUGGCUAUGUUUAUUAACAUGGAAACCAAGCUCUUCGACUUUAAUGGUGUUUUCUUGCCUGUUAAGAUUGAUGCUCUGCGUCGAUGGGAUAGCUACGAUGCACCUGAUCUGGACUCGGAGAUCAAGAAGGGUAUAUGGACUUACUUUACAGGACGUACUUGGGCGCCUGCUGGACCCUUCAAAUCCGACUAUAUUAUCUGCAAUUCUGAAGGUCGCGUUUUAUUCACGAUCGAGGGCUUCGAGAUUGCCCGUGCGCCAGAUGCUGAGCCUAUCGCCAUUACUGAUAACAGUGUCGAUGAGCGUUUGACCACUAUCUGGCAAUCAAAGGCAUUCCCUUCGACAUCGCUUUCUGUUCCUUCUGGUGGUUCACUGCCUUCCACGUUCGAUACCAUUGUCAAGAACGCUGCUACCGCAGGUCGCAAAGUGGUACGGGUGUUAGACUUGGACUCCACGUCUGCCAUUGCAAAAAGUCUGGAUGUUUCAUUGUCUUCACUCUUGGAUAUAAACCAUGUUCUCGUCGAGUAUUUCUGUGGUGCUGGUUCUUCUGAGGAAGCCGACGCAAAGACAUCUGAAAUGAGCUACUCACAUACACGAUCCCUGAUAGUCGACUCAUGGAUUCUCAAGGAUGAUGUGGCUACUACUUCCUUUGCCAGCUUUGAUCUCGUCCUGCGAUCCGUAGACCUUUCGGCAGUUCCUGUUGAUAUUGCUCGUUUGACAAACUUCUUGGUACCUUCUGGAAUCAUCCUCCUAUCAGUUUCUGAUUCGAAGGCUGUUUUGAAAGACACGGACUAUCAGCGAAUGACGCUCAUUGCAUUGACUGAGCAGCUUCGCGCAGUUUCUGGCGUUGACAUCCAGGUGUCUCAAUUAACUGAUGGCCGUGCCCUCCUUGUAGUUCGCGUUUCUCAAUCUACUAUAUCAAUUCCUACCAGUCCUUUUAAGAGCGUCAUCGUCCACCCAUUCAUACACGGCCAAGAGGGAGAGCUUGUAGAAAUCGCUAAGAAUGUCGGAGCUGACUCCGAACUUUGGAUUACUGGGGCCGACGAUCCUGCUGGCAUUGGUGCAUUGGGCAUCGCUUCUUGUUUAAUAGCCGAAUCUCCGGAAUUUGUCGUUCGUUCAGUACUAUUUGAGGACCACUCGUUAGCGACAGGAGCACGGGAGAAAGUCAUUCAUGACUUGCGUCGCAACUCGCUUUUGUUGGAACAGCAUAUGAAAAUAUCUCGCAAUGGUGAAGUGUUCGUUCGUAGGCUUGUCAAUGGUUCUAUGGCGGUCAAGGAUGCAAUUAUCCCUGCACUCGGAUUAUCCACUCACUCAGGUACCGUCACGACGGUUGCGGCACACUUUCCUCCCAGUCUUGGAGAUAGACAAGUAGAGGUCCAAAUUGAUGCUCUAGGAAUGGAAAACAUAUCAACCGAGGAAUCGUCUAUUACAUUCGUUGGCUCUAUAAAGACUGUAGGCUCGUCCGUGACGGCCUUCAGCGCUAGCACCAAGGUUGUUGGAGUAUCUCGUCAUACACCUGUUAAUAUCAUGAUUGCGGAUGAGGACGCGGUUGUUCAGCUUCCAGUUGGUGUCACCGCGGAAGAGGCAGCCGCGCUGCCUUCCGCGUUCCUAGCGGCGUGGGCAGGUCUCUUUCAAUUUGCCAGGAUAUCUCCGUCUUGCAAUGUCCUCAUUCAUGACGCCAUUAGCAGCGUUGGUUACAGUGCCGUGCAACUCUGUCAGCGCUUUGGCGGAAAGUUACUGUGUACUGUUUCUUCUGCGACAGAGGCAAGCUAUCUCUCUUCAGGACUCGGUAUACCGGAAGAUUCUAUCAUCAUUAUCGACGACUUUUCGGUUGCUGCUCCUGCGUGGUUACGCAAAAACGGCAUCGCGGCGUUCGAUGUAGCCUUCAAUUCCCAAGGCAGUCCAGUCUUUGGAAUAGGAGUCGACGCCUUAUCCGUUUUCGGCUGCUAUGUACAUGUCCAACGUAGUAGUCAAGAUGCAGUGAUGCCACCAUCCGGGGCGCGGUCUACUCACAUCCUUGACUUGCGCAAACUUGCAGAGGCUUCUCCACGUGACCUUGUUCCUAUGGUCUCUGCUAUCCUCGUCGCACAUACUUCUCGUGCCUUCAAAUUACGUUCACGAACCAUUUCCAUGGCAAAUGCGCGCGAUGUGGAAAAGGGAACAAACUUUGAUUCCUUGGUCCUCAUUCCCGGGCAGACUGAACCAGUACGCAUUGACCCUACUGGUCAGCUGUUUGACCCACGCAAGAGCUAUAUCCUUAUUGGUGGCUCCAGUGAACUUGGUGUGCGCCUCACGGAAUGGAUGGUGCUUCAUGGAGCACGUCGUAUCUUUCUCACCAGUCGUCGUGGACCUAAAGGUCUCACAAAAGUAGACAACUUAUACAUCCAUUACCUCCGUCAGUUGGGCAUCCAAAUCGAAGUUAUUGCAUCCGAUGCUAUCAACAAACAACAUACAGCUGCUGUAAUCGAGGCUGCGGAGAAAGCUGGAACCAUUGGCGGCAUUUUCUUGAUGACAGUCGUUCUCCGUGAUGCCAAAUUUACUAAUUUGACACAACAAUCUUUCGACGAUGUCUAUCAGUCCAAGGUGGACGUGCUUACCACUCUUUUGAGUUGCGUAAAUCCAGCCUCUUUGGAUUUCCUGCUCCUUUUCUCUACGAUUGGAUCUGUCUUUGGCAACGCAGGACAGGCUGCAUACUGUGCAUCCCAACUUUACCUUGACCGUAUUGCUGACCUGAUCCCUAAUACCAUCUCCAUGUCGUUCCCUCCUAUCACAGACUCUGGUAUCUUUAAGCGUCUUGUUCUUGCUACCAAGGGCCGUGCAAACACAGCUGCAUUAUCGAAGACUGGUAUGACCACUGCUCAAGUGUGCAACUUCAUUGGCGAUUCUUUGAUUCGACGCAUUACACACUACGUUCCAAUGUUGGCCAUCGGUGAUGUUCCUGAUACGUUCUCUGCUUGUGAGCCCUUACUCUACAGGCACCUGUUACCAACCAGGUACCUUGUCUCCAAUGCUGGAGGAGGCAAAGAUGGAAAUGUAGCAGAGACGCCUGCUACGUUGCUGGCUACUCUCUUGAGCAUGGAUGCAGAACAGAUUACCGACAAUGCGCUGAUCACUAGCUUUGGAUUGGACUCACUAGGAGCUACUCGUUACAGCAACCAGCUCAAAGCCCGCUUCAGCAUCCAAGUCAGCCAGAUUGAGUUGCUCGGUUCCAUGACGAUUAGUGGACUAAACACGAUGGUUGCCAAACGGGGAUCGCAGAGUAGUGGAGAUGAUUCUGGACACGCUCAAGACGACGGCUCUGCCAAAUAUGGCGAGCCCCUGGUUCCUAUCCUAAACGACCGCCUUGCCUAUGACGAACCAUAUACCACCGAUGCGUCCCCUCAUCAAUACAGGAUUUGGCUUGCUCAGCGUGAAUACGAUAACGCUCGGAAGCGAGCAGCGAGCAAGAUUGACUCAAACAUGUCACGCUACGGUGCAACGCAAUGGGACACGCAUGAAGGCUAUUUUGUCACUAUACAUUCUGAAACGUCCAUCGACGUCGAUCGAAUGACAGAUGCCUUCCAGGAAGUCGUACAACGCCACGGUGCUCUGCGAACUGCAUUCACUUGGAAUGAAGCACUCGGAAAGCUAGAGCAGACCAUUUACCCAUCUGUUGAAUUCCAGGCGUCGCUUGUUGAUCUCUCCUCCGAAUCCGAUGCCGCUGCUAAGGCUUACGAAAUGAGCUUAGCUAUGAACCACGAGCCUAACUUCAAACUCGAUCGGUUGCCUCUCUUGACUGCCACCAUGUUUGACCUCGGUGGAGGUGACUGGGCAUUCAAUAUUGUCAUUCACCAUAUCAUCAUUGAUGAAGCCUCACUUGGCGUGUUCUUCUACGAGUUAUUCGGUCUGUACUUAAAUGGCCCAGGUAGUCUCCCAGACGUCAGUCUCCACUACUCCGAUUUCAGUGAUUGGCUUGGCAAAACGUCCGAGCGUCGUGCCGAGUUGCGAGAUGAGCAGCUGCAGUUCUGGGCUAAUAAUCUACAAGACAUACAACCUCUUCAUCUCACACUCGCUACGCCCUCAGACAGGGAACUAGCGCCUAUAACUCAAAUUGAAGCUAAGGUUGGCACUGGAGCCCUUAAACAAUAUCACAUGGUUGUCAACGCAGCAAGUGCAACGCCCUUUGCUGGUUUCUUCGCAGCAUACAACAUACUUCUCCACAAAUACUCUUCUCAAUCUUCUUUCGUGGUUGGUACUGCUGUCACCCAACGCAAUAUCGCCCUUUUAUCUAGUGUGAUUGGCUUCUUCGCUAAUAUGUUGCCCAUCAAAACUGUCGUCAACGAGGAAGAGAGCUUCUUCGAAUAUUUGGCCAAAUUCAAGGACUCGUUGAUAGCAUGUCUAGCGAACGACGAAGUAACGUAUGAAGAUAUUGUUGCUCAAGGCAAAGCCUCCUCCCACGGACGCGGUUAUUUCAAGCACCUCUUUGCGCCAGGUGGCAUGAAUAUGGAAACAAUAUCUCAGCUCGAGUCAAAUCAUUUGAAGCCAAAGACUAUCCUGCCUCUCCCUAAUGGCGAAGAACAGUACGAGUUGCUCCUCACUGUACAUCCCAAGACUGGUCAUGUGGUCCUUCGCUUUGACAACCGCUUAUAUUCCGAGGCUGCAGCCCGUCAAUUCCUGAAUGCUUAUAUCACUCUCAUCGAAACUUUAGGUCGUGACGCCCACGUCAAAGUCGGGGAUAUCUCUGCAGUUAGUGAUCGUGAGCAUGAAAGGCUCGUGAAAGAGCUUGCAUCUACUAGCGAAGUUUCCGUGCGGGAGACCACUGUCCACAAACUCGUAGAGGAGCAGGCCGAAACCACACCACGCUCCCCUGCGAUAGAGUUCGAAGGCGAAUCGUUGACUUAUGCUGAGUUAAACACGAAAGCUAAUCGCAUUGCGAGGUCACUUAUUCAGCAAGGUGUCGGUCAUGGAGAUGUCAUUGCGCUAUGCUUUGACCGUGGCGUCCACCAAAUUCUAGCAAUUUUGGCCGUGCUCAAAGUUGGUGGUACAUUUGUUCCUUUGGACCCUGACGACCCCACGUUACGCAAGGAACUUAUGAUCGAAGAAUGCAAGGCGAAAGUUCUAUUGACUACAUCAAAUCAUUCACGUGUGUUCGAGAAGGGUCUAUCAUCUAAAGUCCUGAUUGCUUACAUCAAUGAUCCGAGCUAUGAAAAGCGUUUGAGUCGCUUCGAUGGAGGAAAUCUUACUGUUGAUGGUUUGACUCCAUCAAGUCUCGCGUACAUCAUGUUCACGAGCGGCAGUACGGGAAAACCAAAAGGCGUGAUGAUCGAGCAUCGUUCAAUUUCGAACUUGGUACAACACUCAAGUGCCUACGGAUUCCGGCAGGAUGUUCGCGUGAUGUCAUCACUUGCUUAUACUUUCGAUCCUUUCGUUGUCGAUGUCUUUGGUACUCUUGCGCGUGGUGCUACACUGGUUACCGGCCGCAAGGAAUUCGUUCUUGGUGAUAUUCCCAAAGCCAUCAAAUCUUUGCGUAUCAACGUCCUUCAUGUUACACCAAGCAUUCUGGCCGUCGUUCCGGUUGAGGACUACCCGACUUUGGAAACUAUCGUAGUUGCAGGAGAGGCAUUGGGGAAAAAGUUGAUUGAGGAUUGGUCGAGUCGAGUCACCUUGAAGAACAUGUAUGGUCCAACAGAGGCUUCUGUCGAUUGUAUCUCUUGCCAUGUGACCUCUUCCUCCCUCACUGGCGUCAUCGGGCGGCCCCUACCCAACAACCGCAUCUACAUACUCGAUAAACAACUACGACCUACCCCCAUCGGUGUAGAAGGCGAGCUCUAUAUCGGCGGCGUUCAGUUGGCUCGAGGAUAUCUGAAUCAACCAGAACUUACAGCCAAAGCAUUCAUUGAGAGCCCCUUCGUCUCGGGAGACAGAUUGUACAAGACUGGGGAUAUUGCCCUUUAUCGCUCCGAUGGAAACAUUGAAUACUGUGGUCGGGAAGAUCGUCAGAUCAAGCUGAGAGGACAACGUAUCGAGCUCGGAGAAAUCGAAGACGUUAUUGCCAAGUAUCCUGGUGUGCACAGGGGCGCUGUCGUUAUCCGCACUGUUCAGGACACUCCUGCUAUAGUUGCAUUUGUCGAAUUCAAGCAGCAAGCUCACGAGCAACUAGAGGAAGAAAAAGAAGGGCUGAGAAUCUUCGUUUCAGAGCGUCUUCCUCGUUUCAUGUAUCCCUCUCUCAUUGCCGCCCUCCCUCAACUUCCUACCUCUCGCAGUGGCAAGACAGAUCGAAAUGCUCUCAAACAAAUGGAUCUGAAAUUGUUCUCCACAGUUCUCUCAAAGGAGAUGGGCUUACCGCAAUCAGAAGUUGAGGUAGAGCUCAUGUCUAUCUUCUCCAGGCUUUUCAAAGUGGAUUCCAGUAGCUUCGGCGUAACUCAUGAUCUCUUUGCGACUGGUUUAAAUUCUCUGAUGGCUGUGCAAGCAGCUGGUAUUAUAUCUAAGACAUUUAACGUUCAUAUAGGCUUGAACAAUGUUUAUCUAAGACCAACCAUCCGCGAGCUGGGUAACCUCGUAGUUGAUGCAAUGGGCCAAGACAGUCGUGCGAUUAUGGAAGCGGAAGACACUGACAGCGAUUUCUUGAUUGAAUUCUUACCCAUCAAAAAGAAAGGGGUACAUCCACGUCUCUUCAUUGUACAUGAUAUCACCGGAAUGGCUACACCGUUCAUGCGUCUUGGCGCGUUCAUGCCAAACGAAAUGUACGCCAUCGGUGACCGUCACUUUGGUUCUGCCACUGGUUUUGGAACUGUUGAAUCCAUGGCCGACCAUUAUCUCACACUUGUGAAGAGUGUUCAACCCCAGGGACCGUACGUGAUUUGCGGGUAUUCUUAUGGAGGGGCUGUUGCACUGUGCAUGGCAACGAAGCUAAGGAGGGCCGGCGAUGAAGUUGCUCAUUUGAUCAUGUUCGACCCGAUCUUUAUCCCUGCAAUAGAGCGUCAGAGCUUGAAGUCAACUGACUGGACACAACGCGCCAUCGACCGCAUCUCCGAGAACUUCCCCGAGAUCGGUGAGAGAUGGAAGACCAAGCUGAGAACCGAGAUUCGCAAGAACUUGGACUCGAUGUUUGAUUUUGAGCCAGAGCAUUACGAUGGAGCCACGACGCUCGUGGUGCCCAAAGACCGUUCAUGGUACCGAAGUGGACAUGCGAGCGACUUUGAUACUGGUGCUGAUGACCACAAUGGCUGGGACUACCGCAUCAAAAACUUGGAUAUGAAGGUAGCGGCUGGUCGUCACGAUACGAUGUUCACGCCCGCACAUGUGAAAGUUCUUGCCGAAGUGGUGAAAGAAGUGCUUGCUCCUUACACAACCAAUAUCCCUCCGCCACCUGCAAAGCCAAAGAAAGUCAUGGCUAAGUCCCGUGUCAACGGCGUUGCUAAUAGCAUGGCUCCUAAGCUACGCACCGUGUAAAACAAUGGUGAGUGUCAAUGGACAGCGUGUUUGAAUGCUUUUCACCUAAUCCUAUGAUGUUCUUUCUAGAUCCAUUUCAAUUUUCCUGGCAUUUUAUAUCGAUAGGUUCAUAAUUGUAAUGUGUAGUCGUAUAUCCACUGUAAAC